AUGACCGCGGACUUCAGCAUCGUGUUCGAUGGCAACAACAAGCACGAACCGCUAGGCUUCGUGGAUGCGUCAUGGGCGAGUGAUUUGGAUUCGCGUCGCUCGACAACGGGCUACGUAUUCUUCAUAAACAACAGUGUGGUUUCAUGGAAGUCGAAACGGCAGCCGACGGUGGCAACGUCAAGCACCGAGGCAGAGUACAUGGCGUUGUACUCUGCGACACAAGAGGCGGUAUGGCUGCGUUUGCUGCUUUCGAAUAUUGGUAUUAGAGAUUUGAGGCAUUUAUGA